CCUCUAAGCCAAAAUAAAAACAUUAGUCCCUCCCCAGUGCUUAAAAAAUAUUUGACAUGUCUCCUCAGUCUUGCGCCACACCCCUCCCUCUUAAACAACAAACAGCCGCUUAUGUUCAAGCCAAUGAAAGUGAAAGUGUCUUCACCAGUAGAGAAAAGGGACCUGUAAUGGCGGACCGCCUCGGUAUAUGAAGGGAAGUGCUGCGUUUUAUCAGGAGAGAUAGACGCCUGAACAACUGAUUACUGCAUGACUGAAACCAACUCCUGGAUAGAAGAAUGUAUUUUUAACAUGGAUGAGUCUCUUCUACAAAGGUCCCUUUAUUGCACAAGCUGGAGCUGAACGAACCUGCCAAUCACAGAGCAUGAGGUGGCAGUCAUUCCACUAACAUGGAGAAGUACAAACUGGUGGAGAGAAUUGGGAAAGGUAGAUUUGGAACGGCCAACCUUGUCAAAUCCAAAGAGGAUGGACACCAAUAUGUCAUCAAGGAGAUAUAUGGCAUAUCUAGAAUGUCACCUGAAGAGAGGCAGAAUGUUCAAAAAGAAGUUGAAGUCCUCGCCAACAUGAGUCAUCCCAACAUUGUCCAGUAUAAAGAGUCUUUUGAAGAGGAGGGCUGUCUGUGUAUUGUGAUGGACUACUGUGAGGGAGGAGACCUCUUAGAGAAGAUCAACUCUCAGAAAGGAGAACUUUUCUCAGAAGAACGAAUCCUGGACUGGUUUGUGCAGAUUUGUCUGGCAUUAAAGCACGUCCAUGAUAGAAAAACCCUCCACAGGGACAUUAAACCACAGAACAUAUUUUUGACAAAAGGUGGGACUGUACAGCUCGGGGACUUUGGAGUUUCAAGGGUGCUGAACAGAACUGAAGAACUGGCAACAACAGUCAUAGGAACACUAUAUUACCUUUCACCAGAGAUCUGCGAAAACAAACCAUACAACAACAAAAGUGAUAUUUGGGCCCUCGGCUGUGUUCUGUAUGACAUGUGCACUCUUAAGCCUGCAGCUGGCAGUAUGAAGGACAUACUUCUGAAGAUCACCCGUGGCUCAUACCCUCCUGUGUCUGAUCGCUACUCCCAAGAACUGCGUUCUCUCUCUGCACAGCUGUUGAAACACGACCCUACAGAGAGGCCCUCAGUCAGCAGCAUACUGGAAGAACCUUUCCUCUCCUGUAGGAUACAGAGGUUCCUCACACCAAAGAUCAUUGUCCAGGAAUUUGGCCAUGAUUUUCUUCACAAGCAGCAACCAGUCUUUUUGAACUUUCUCUCCAAACUUGGACUGAAGAAAUUUUAUCUCAACAAGCUCACUCUUCAGUCUCUUCUGGAAAUCAACAAAAACAGCAUUUAUGAUGAAACUGUUGAAUCACUGGAGGAAAUACCAUGGUGCUUUCUCAGGAAACUCUCUCAAAUCAACGCAGAAUGCAGAAACUGCACAAAAUUAUCAAACAAUGAUGAUGAUGAAGAUGAUGAUGAUGAUGAUGAGGAAAACAAUUAUCUCUUUGACUUUGGCCUGGUCACUGCAGAUGACUCUGCAGACAACAAGGUUAACCCUCUUGACCUCAUAGUCGCACUCUUUCUUUGUGCUGACAGCUUCUUGCAACAGGAAAUGGCCCUCAAGAUGACAAUGUGCCAGUUUUCUGUCCCACUGCUGUUGCCUCAUGGUGAUAACAGUCAGUGUUCCCUGAUGCUGUGGGCUCUGAGAGACAUCGUCAAAGAGUGGUGUCCACAUGAUUUGUCUGAAUCAAGAGGAUUUGUUGAAGACAACAUUGUCCAAGCAAAUAUACCAUUCUUUACCUUUGUGAGGCUGAAAAACUGUAGUUUGUCCAAGUCACGGAUGUUGAAUCAUGUUCUCAGUCGUGGCCAACAGAAUCACAACAUCUUCAUACACAGAGAUAUGGAAGGAGGAGAACUUAAAAGAAUAAUUGCCAAUGGUUUGGUCGAGGUUUGCUGGUACCUUCCCUGUGGCAAAAAAAAUCUUGACAUAUUUCCAGAACCAGUUGCCUUUGCCAAUUUGAGAGGAGACAUUUGUGAGUCACUCGCACAAUUCAAUUUUCUUUAUCAAGUGUCAACUGCGACCUUUGUGUUCCUGGACAAAGUUGAAGAAAAUGAGCACAAGAUUCUGACUUCUCUUCAAGAUGUGAAAUCCAAACUCUUCUUGAUUGUUAAUCGCAAGGACAACUCUAGAGAGGACAUGAUGUCUGUCAAGACAACAGUGAAAGAGUUAGAGCUACCAAAAAGCAGUGUGAAAAUCAAAGACUCAAAGGUAAAUGUUGCACAGUUUUCAGAGAAACUUUGUGUGUCCAUCAAGACCUCACUGCCAGAUGAAACUCCCACAUUGAACAUUGUCAAUAUGGUUGGAAAAGCUGUUGAACUUGGUCUAUCUGUGGAUGAAAACAGAAGUUACAAACAAAAGAAAGCAGUUGAGGAGAUCAUGAUUGACAUUGAGGGGCGAAGUAUACCAGACUACAAGAAACAACAACUUCCUUUGCAGGGAGAUAAGUGGAAAAGAUUAUCACAGUUAGAGAAGGAGGAGUGUAGAUUGAAAUCUGGUGACUCAGGACUUGAACAGAAUAAAUUCCAGCUACAGGAAAAAAAACAAAAGAUUAGGGAGGAGCAAAGCAAACAAAAACUGUCCAAAGGAAUGAAGAGUUUUAUUAAAACUUUAUCCACAAGUGACAAAGAAGACAGAGAUUUUUUUCUUAAGUGGAUGAAACUCAAGUUUAACACACAUUCACGGAGGAAACUGUCUGAGCUGCGCAAAAAAUUCAAAGAGCAAUGUGAGAAGAAAGAUAAAAAUCUCAUUGCAGAGUUAGAUCAGGCUUUGAUGGAGAGCUCUUUAGGAGUAGAGCAUUACAUGAGAGAGAUGGGACUCAUCUAUGAGUUCUCAAUUUCUGGCUCAAGAAACACUGCUGAUGAAAUAUCUCGUCUCCCUGGUUUGGCUGCUGAAAUGCUGUUGGAUGGAUAUCCUUUAGAGCUCUUGGAUGGAGAUGCUUCCAACAUCCCAGAGAGAUGGGUGACAGAUGUGCUGAUGGAGCUUCACAAGAAGGUUGGAGGGAAGAGCAGACUGUUAGUACUGACUGUGCUGGGUGUUCAAAGUUCAGGGAAGUCAACACUCCUCAACACCAUGUUUGGUGUGCAGUUUCCUGUCAGUAGGGGCAGAUGCACAAGAGGAGCUUGUAUGCUUUUCCUCAAAGUUGGAGAGGACAUGAAACAUGACUUGAAUUAUGAAUUCAUAGUCCUCAUUGACACAGAGGGUCUAAAAUCUCCUGAUUUGGCAGAACUAGAAGAAAGUUAUGAGCAUGACAACCAGCUGGCAACCUUUGUGAUUGGUUUAAGUGAUGUCACCAUCAUUAACCUCACCAUGGAGAACUCAACAGAAAUGACAGACAUCCUGCAAAUUGCAGUUCACGCCUUCUUGAGAAUGAGACAUAUUGGUAAAAAGCCAGUUUGUCAUUUUGUGCAUCAAAAUGUUGCUGAAGUUUCAGCUCAUGAAAAUACCAUAACAGAUAGAAAACAUCUCUUGGACCAGCUCAAUGAAAUGACACAAAUUGCAGCUGAAAUGGAAGGGCAGCCCUCUAUUACAGCAUUCACAGAUGUGCUGGACUAUGACAUGGACAAAAACCACUGGAACAUCCCAGGACUCUGGCAUGGAACCCCUCCGAUGGCAGCAGUGAACACAGGUUACAGUGAAAUUGUAGCAGAUUUCAAGAAAAAUAUUUUGACAACAGUGAAAACAGACCAAAGCAAUGAGGUCUCACAGAUCCCAGAGUUUCUAGAAUGGAUGAGAAGACUCUGGAAAGCAGUGAAAUAUGAGAACUUCAUCUUUAGUUUCAGAAACACUCUUGUGGCUCAGGCCUACGACAACCUUUGCAAAGAGUUCAGUCAAUGGGAAUGGCAGUUCAGAAAAGAAAUCCUCUCCUGGCAAACAGAAGCAGAGAUGGAAAUCUUAAGUUCUGACAAUGAAGCUGAUAUUCAAACUUGGAGCAUUUUGGUUGAAUCAAAAAAAUCAGAGGUGUCAGAAAAAAUAGCAACUGAAGAAAGAAAAAUGAAGGAGAAACUUACAAACUACUACAAAAAGAAAUACCAGAAUGUAAAUCUGAUAGAAAAAUACAAAACUGACUUUUUCAGCAGCAUCAGUAGUGUUGCAAAGGAAAUCAGUAAUUCAGUGAACAAUAAACUGGAUUAUGCACUUGAGCUGAAAAUAAGUUCAAAAAAGGUUCAAGACAUUCAGAAGGAAUACAGAGGCAGGGUUGAAGACGAGGUCAUGAAGCUCCUGAGUGAAUGUAAAAACUCUGAUAAACUGUCUGAUGAACAGCUGACACAUGAGUUUGAAAAGAUGUGGACUGAAGCCACUAAAAAUGUGUCUGGCCUGAAAGAGCGAGAUAUCGCAGCAAGUGUCCUGAAACAGUUGAGAAGAAGUUUCUCAAACCGGAAUGUUGAUGCGAAAUUCCAAAACAUUAGAGAUCUAAAGGAAUUUGGGAAGGAUCGAUUUAAAACCAGACGUGAACAUACUGACUCCUGGAUGAAGAAGGCUGGAAAUCUGUGGAAGGGAGAUGCAGAUCUGCAGAACUUUGCUGACAGUGUCAUUGAGUCUUGCACACGGUUUGUGUUUGAUAAAGCAAAGACAAAGACAGAUUACAAUGACUCUUUUACAAGGGAUCUUCUUGAGAAAAUGGAUGAAUCCCUUGAUCAGAGUCACAAACAUCACAAAACAAAUACACAGUUUGAGUUUGACCUGAAACUUCACAUGUGUGGCAUUGCCUCAAGGGAAUUCCUCAAAAUUCACCAAAAAUUCUUGUCAGAUAAUGAUCCUCGAAUUCAGCUGCAGAAGUACAAGAAUCAGUACUUGUCAGAUUUUCUUGAUUUAUAAAACAGAGAUGAUUGUCAGCGCAAAGCAAAUGAUUUUGUCCAGUUUUGUAUCAAACCUGCUGUGGAAGAGUACAUCAACAGAUCUCUGGGAAUAAACAUCGUGGAUGAAAUUUUGACAAGUUGUCAUUCAGUAGAGUUCAGUUCCCGCUCCUUUUUCCAGUACAACAUUCAGGAGGAGUUGCUGCAAAAGGACCACUUUGACAGUUUUGUCAAGUACAUUUGUAACUAUGAAAUAUAUGUGAAGGAUUGGAUAUUUCAGCAUAUCCAGCAACAAAUGUCAGAAAACAAAACUUUGUGCAAACUGGAACAAAAGAAUCUGAAGGUGAUAGUUGACAAAAUCACAGCAGCCUUAGAGCAGGCCACAAAAGGACCAGAUGGUUUUCAACUGCCAGACAACAAUGAAAGCAUCACAGAGCUCAUCAGCAACAUGCGGAAGUAUUUGAUUAAAGACAUCUCAAUUUCAGAGGAGGCUGAAAAAAGAACCUUGUUUCAAAUCCAAAGCACAUGUCAUCCAUUUAUCAACAGCCUGAAAAUGUCAAUAGAAGACUUGAAAGAACAGCUUCAGGAGGAAUUCUCAAAGUCUGAAAACAUCACUGAGACUCUGGACAAACUUCCAAUCAAACCACAGGAUGAGCUUUUCAAAAGAGUGUUUGGUUGUGGAAAACAAUGUCCAUUUUGUAAAGUUCCCUGUGAGGCUGGAGGCAAAGAUCACAAGAAGCAUCAUGCAGCUGUUCAUCGACCACAAGGUCUUGGUGGACGCAGUUAUGAUGGCACUGCUAAGCUGGUUGAAACACUGUGUACAACUGAUAUACAAAGUGAACGUAGAUUUAAAAACACAGAGACUGAAGGAGAGUGGCAUCCUUACAAAGACUACACCAAGUACUAUCCAGACUGGCACAUUCCUCCAGAUCCCAGCAUGGAGACAUCUGACUACUGGAAGUUUGUACUGGUAAAAUACAAUGACAGAUUUGCUCAAGAAUAUAAGGCCAAGCCAGCUGAUGUUCCAGAGGCCUGGAGGAGAAUCACAAAGGAACAAGCACUGAAGGGGUUAAAAGAUGCCUUCAACAUAAAGUGAACAAUGUACAAAUGUCUUUAAAACAACAAAACAAAACAAAAUUUGAAACAUACAAGAUUUUUUGAAACAAAAAUGAACUUUUUUGAGAGGAGCAAAAGGACAUGAGGACUUAACAUGUAAAAGAGCAUUUUUUAAAGUUUUUGUAGUGUAUUGUUUUUUUAUGUAAAUGACUUUGUGGUUCACACUCAAAUUCAGACUAAAGCAGCUGCUGACAGUGAAUACUGUGACAUCCUUUGGUCUGGUGAACAUGAUGAACGGCAAAUGAUGAGUUGAACAAGUUGAAAAGCUGGAAAUAAUUAUGUUAGACUGUUCAACUUUUUCUAUAAUAUUUCUUUUACUUAUUAUUUUGUGUUUUUAUUUUUUGGAGAUGUUUUGUUUUCUUCUCUCAUGAUUAAUGACUGGUGUUCAUGAUAAUGAUAAAGAAAAUGAUGAUGUACAACAAAGAUCAUGUAAAAAAGACAAAAAGUUUUAUGUUUUUAUUU